AUCCUCCUCUGAACAAUCUCUCUUUCUCUCUCGCUAGGGUUCUCUGGCGGAAGAACCGCCGAAUAAAACCCUAAAUCUUACUCAGAUUCUUCCGUAGUUAGGCUCUCCGGACUCCAAUCCAAGAAGAUGGGAGGAAAGUGCCCUCACAGAAGCGUCAAGAAGCGGAGAUACUCGCACAAGACCGCUAGGCGUACGAAAUUUCUCAUCAAUGGCGACGAUAUGGUUUACGAUGCGUUGAAGAAACCUGAGGUGGAGAGGCCUUCUCUACCUGUUGAUGAAGACUUGCCUGGAAUGGGGCAGUACUACUGCUUGCACUGCGACCGAUACUUUGCGAAUGUAUCUGUGAGGGAUGAGCAUUUCAAAACCAAGCGUCACAGGAAGCGGGUAAAACUUAUGAUGGGUCCUGCACCCCACACGCAACUGGACGCCGAUUUAGCUGCUGGGAUGGGCAUGCCUGAUAAUGGUCCAAAGCUUAUGGCAAUGUGAGCUUAUCACACAACUGAAAUCAUUUUUGGUGUUGUAGAGAGCUUAGAAUGAGGUUUGUUUCUUGUUUAACCAAAAGGAUCAAUUUUAUCAUACAUUUUAUGCCCAUGUAUUGUAUUUUCCGAGUUCGUUUUAUGAAUCAAUUUUAGCUUCGUAUUUCACACCA